GUGAAGUUGAUGUUCCAGAGGACGUACGGGGAGGUGGUCAGUCUGUCUCCACCUGGAGAGGAGGACAGACGGAGGUUCUUCACUGACCUGCUACUGGUACAGGCUGCUAGAGCGCCGCUACACAGGAGACACACAGGUACUAUGCAUUCAUACACGCACGCACAGAAACAUACAGGUUAUUACACACACACACACACACACACACACACACACACACACACACACACACACACACACACACACACACACACACACACCAGGGUUGGGUUCAUUCCAUUUAAAUUCCAGUCAUUUCCGAAAGUAAAACAAAUUCCAAUUGACAUUUUUCUCAUUGAAAAGAAUUGGAAUGGGAAUUUCAGUGUACCUUAUGAAUCUUCAUCUUGGUUUCAUCUUGUCUUUCCGUUUCCUCUCUCCUGACACACAUAUUGCUCAAACCAUCGUACAGCUCAAUUUCUCUUUGAGCUGUUGAAUCAUUGUUACAUUUUUCCUUCACUUGGAAAAUAUGCAUUCCAUUGCCUAGUAAGAAGAAUGUAACAGGAGGGUUGACUAGUAGCAACGGCACAGCACCUGUAGUACUCAAUCUCUCUCUCCCCAUCUCCCCCUACGAUACUCUCCCCCUACGAUACUCUCCCCCCAACCUCCCUCAUCCCACCAUACUCUCCCCUCUAUUGCCCCCUACCAUUAACUUCCCUAUUCUCUCCUCCAGCCUCCCUUUCCCCUCUGUUCCUUCUCCGUGUGAGAGAGCUGUCCACGUGGCUUCCAUGGCACAAGGCUUUCAAAUGGAAAUACAGCAAGAAAUGCCGAUCGCAGUAUCCUCAUUGAUGCAAAGCAGGGGUCCAACACAUACAGUACCAGUCAAAAGUUUGGACACACCUACUCAUUCAAGGGUUUUUCUUUGUUUUUACUAUUUUCUACAUUGUAGAAUAAUAGUGAAGACAUCAAAACAAUGAAAUAACACAUGGAAUCAUGUAGGAACCAGAAAAGUGUUAAACAAAUCAAAAUAUAUUUUAUAUUUGAGAUUCUUCAAAGUAGCCACCCUUUGCCUUGAUGACAGCUUUGCACACUCUUGGCAUUCUCUCAACCAGCUUCACCUGAAAUGCUUUUCCAACAGUCUUGAAGGAGUUCCCACAUAUGCUGAGCACUUGUUGGCUGCUUUUCCUUAACUCUGCGGUCCAACUCAUCCCAAACCAUCUGAAUUGGGUUGAGGUCAGGGGAUUGUGGAGGCCAGGUCAUCUGAUGCAGCACUUCAUCACUCUCCUUCUUGGUCAAAUAGCCCUUACACAGCCUGGAGGUGUGUUGGGUCAUUGUCCUGUUGAAAAACAAAUGAUAGUCCCACUAAGCCCAAACCAGAUGGGAUGCUGUGGUAGCCAUGUUGGUUAAUUGUGCCUUGAAUUCUAAAUAAAUCACAGACAGUGUCACCAGCAAAGCAUCAUCACACCACCUCCUCCAUGCUUCACGGUGGGAACAACGCAUGCGGAGAUAAUCCGUUCACCUACACUGUGUCUCACAAAGACGCAGCGGUUGGAACCAAAAUCCUCCAAUUUGGACUCCAGACCAAAGGGACCGAUUUCCACCGGUCUAAUGUCCAUUGCUCGUGUUUCUUGGCCCAAGCAAGUCUCUUCUUAUUGGUGUCCUUUAGUAGUGGUUUCUUUUGUAGCAAUUUGACCAUGAAGGCCUGAUUCACGCAGUCUCCUCUGAACAGUUGAUGUUGAGAUGUGUCUGUUACUUGAACUAUGUGAAGCACUUAUUUGGGCUGCAAUUUCUGAGGCUGGUAACUCUAAUGAACUUAUCCUCUGCAGCAGAGGUAACUCUGGGUCUUCCUUUCCUGUGGCGGUCCUCAUGAGAGCCAGUUUCAUCAUAGUGCUUGAUGGUUUUUGUGACUGCACUUGAAGAAACUUUCAAAGUUCUUCACAUUUUCCGGAUUGACUGAUCUUUAUGUCUUAAAGUAAUGAUGGACUGUUGUUUCUCUUUGAUUAUUUGAGCUGUUCUUGCCAUAAUAUGGACUUGGUCUUUUACCAAAUAGGGCUAUCUUCUGUAUACCACCACUACCUUGUCACAACACAACUGAUUGGCUCAAACACAUUAAGAAGGAAAGAAAUUCCACAAAUUAACUUUUAACAAGGCACACAUGUUAAUUGAAAUGCAUUCCAGGUGACUACCUCAUGAAUCUGGUUGAGAGAAUGCCAAUAGUGGGCAAAGCUGUCAAGGCAAAGGGUGGCUACUUUGAAGAAUAUAUUUGGAUUUGUUUAACACUUUUUUGGUUGCUACAUGAUUCCAUAUGUGUUAUUUCAUAGUUUUGAUGUCUUCACUAUUAUUCUACAAUGUAAAAAAUAAAGAAAAACCCUGGAAUGAGUAGGUGUGUCCAAACUUUUGACUGGUACUGUGUGUGUGUGUAUAUAUAUUUACGCACGCACACGAAUACACACACACGCAAACAGACACACACGGCCUCAUUGACGCGCGGCAGGGGUUCCCACUCUCCUCUCUUUGGGGGUUCCCCCUGAAUAAAACAGCAGCCCUACUUCCAUCAAGGGCUGCUUGUAGAGGGGUGAGGGAGGCUGGGGAGAAGCAAGGGGGAGAGAGGGAGCCCGCUAUGAACCCAGCACUAUUACCCAUAAUUACAUUCACAGUUGAGCGUUAGUAAGCAGGACGGAUGAUGAUGCUAAUGUGAAGCAGGACUAUCGCUGUGCCUGAGGCGAGAGGGAGAGGAGAGGCAGGGUAGAAUUUUCACACUAUCAGAAGUCAAGAAAAGGCAACUGCCAUAUUGCUGUCCAAUCCUUCUCCUUUUUCCCUCUUUGCGUCCAAUCAUUUCACAUGUGUCCAGGGGUUAGAGGUUGAUUUGAAAUGUAUCACACAUAUUACUCUGUGGGCAGAGACUGGGGGUUCAGGGAUUUUGCUGAUGGGUUGAUGAUGAUGAUGAUGUGUUUAGAAAGAAAUCAAUGCUUCGUUUUUCCCCCGCCUGUAUGUGUGUCUCACCUCAGCUUUCCCCCAUGGAUCAGCCUAGAGUAGAAGAUCCGAAGGGGGACCCACUCUAACACACACCGCUCUCUUUCUUGCUCUCUCGCUUGCUCCCCCCCCCCCCCCCCCCCCCCUUAUCUCUCUAGCCCUGCGGUGUGAGGAGGUGCUACCGGUAGCAGAGGCCCUGGACGCCAGGGUUCUCUCCCCCGAGGAGCAGCGCCGUCUAUCCGACCAGGAGGAGAACACUCUGAGAGAGCUGCGUCUGUUCCUCAGGGACGUCACCAGGCGCCUUGCCGUAGACAAACGCUUCAACAUCUUCAGCAAACCUGUCGACAUCGAGGAGGUGGGCAACAACACAGAGAUGGCUUGUUGAUGUAGAUAUGGUGGUAUACCUCACUAGAUAUAGUAAUAGAAAGAUGGGAAUGUGGCACCCUAGGAAGGUUGCAUCAUGAAUUGAGUCCUUUCGCCCCUCUCCCUCUCACCUCUGUCUCUAUUUGAGUGUUGCACUGAUUGUAGUGAAUUGACACUGCUGAACCAAUUUUUCUGAACUGAUUUUGAUUUAAAUGGAGUCAAUAGCACCAGUUUAAGUUUACUGUCUCUCCUUUCCCUCCCUUUUAGGUGUCAGACUACCUGGAGGUGAUCCGUCAGCCCAUGGAUCUGUCUACUGUCAUGACAAAGAUAGACACCCAUAAAUACCUGACGGCCAAUGACUUCCUGGUGGACAUAGACCUAAUCUGCAGCAAUGCCCUGGAGUACAACCCUGACAAGGACCCCUCAGGUACACAUGGAGGGAUUAAGGUGUUGGCUAUGCCCCACUGGCACCCAAUUCCCUUCAUAUUGCACUACUUUUGGCCAGGGCCCUAUUCCCUAUAUAGUGCACUACUUUUGACUAGAGCCCUAUAUGCACUGGUCAGAAGUAGUGCACUAUGAAGGGAAUAGGGUGCCAUUUGGGACUCAGAUUGUAUACUUAUAUAACUCGUCUGGUGCACCGCUCGGGACUAACAGAAUGUAGACUACCGGUAAUGUUACCAGCAACAUAAAAGUCAGUAGUAACAUUAUAGUUAUGAAGACAUCCACAUUUGGAUACGUGACUAGCGUGUAGAUCUAAGUAUGUGUCUAGCUUGUAGAUCCAAUGAUGUGCCUAGCUUGUAGAUCUAAAUACGUGACUAGUUUGUAGAUCCAAAUAUGUGACUAGCUUGUAGAUCCAAAUAUGUGACUAGCUUGUAGAUCCAAAUAUGUGACUAGCUUGUAGAUCCAAAUAUGUGACUAGCUUGUAGAUCCAAAUAUGUGACUAGCUUGUAGAUCCAAAUAUGUGACUAGCUUGUCAGUCUUGAGUGAUUCAGUGUCAGUUUCUCUGACUUCCGUUAGUACGCUGCAGCUAUGCAACAUGGUGGCAUGCAAGGUUUAUCUAGUCAAGCCUAGCUCUGUCUUGUGUCCAACCAACCUAAACAUUGUUUAGUCACAGUCACACAACAGCAAUUAUCAGUACUUUCUUCUACUGCCAUUUCCAUACAUGUAUGAUGACACAGGAGAAUUGAAAUCCCAGCCAUUCAUCUGAUACAUUUGACUGUGAUAAAACUAAUUAGAUGUAACAGAUAUGAGUCUUAUUCAUUAUGAUUCAUGAAAGUGCUCCAAGGCAGUGACAGAACUUGGAAUUGGUUUUCUUUCUUCACUCAACUUGAAAUCAUAUGCACAGUGAGACAGAAACCCCUAAAAGCGCAAACCCCUAAAACUAUCAUCGCCCCCAGCUUAAUAUCUCUGCUGUUUCUCUCUGCAAAGCUGCAUCUGCAUGAAAAAUGUAUCAUUUCUCAGUCGUCCAUUUCAAUCCAGUUUUAUCUCAGCCUCUUCCACUGUUACCACCAGUGUAGCCAGAUAAACGCAAAAAGCACUUCACACACACUACACUACAUUACUACCCACACACCCUGAGAAUAGCCUCACAGCAGGGGCCACGUGCACACAAUCUCACACACACACAAUCCCACACUUCCACGUGUUGAAGACUUGCGAAAAAAGUAUUGUCAAAUCAAUUAGAAUAGCAUACAUUAUUUAAACACGCAGGCUGUGUUGGUGUUUAAAUUAAAGUAAAGGUUGCAUGUAUGUAUGGAUUCAGGCUUAUGAAUAAUUCCCAAGCCGUGGGAACGAAUGUAGUGGGAAAAACACGCUAAGCACUGAAGUUCCCGCUGUGUCUGUCAGAAUGGAAUAACUAUGCUGUGGCAAUAAUUGAAAGCCAUAACGAUGGAAGCCUGGAGACUUACGACCCGACAACCAAUCAAUUCAAAUUAAUCUCCCUGGAAUACUGUAAAUCUGUGCGCCCACUAAACCAAAGGAGGUUAUUUCUUACUGCUUGCUACUCAGUUAAAUGUAGAUUUACAAUCACGCACGCCCCCGCAUGCGCACGCUCACACACACGCACGCUCACACACACGCACGCUCACACACACAGCAGGUAGCCUAGCGGUUAGAGUGUUGGGCCAGUAACCCAAAGGCAUGCGGAGAGCCCGGGUCAUUUGUUUAAAUUCAGUGGCCACAAAGGAUGCACUAAAGGAGGAAAAUGCAAUUAAGGACUUUAAUAAAGAAGCCCUGUACUAGACUCCCUCCUCUAGUGUCCCUGGGAAUAGAGUCCAGCCCAGUGCAAUCACAUUUGGUCAUUUUUUGAAUUUCCUCAGACUGUGGCUUUUUGAAACACGCCUAGAUACACUACAUCACCAAAGUAUGGAUUUAGCUAUUUCAGCCACACCCGUUGCUGACAGGUUUAUAAAAUCGAGCACACAACCAUGCAAUCUCCAUAGACAAACAUUGGCAGUAGAAGUCAGUUCGUCACAUUUCUGCCCUGCUAAAUCGUCUGUCCUCGGUUGCAACACUCACUACCGAGUUCCAAACUUCCUCUUGAAGCAACGUCAGCACAAUAACUGUUCGUCGGGCGCUUCAUGAAAUGGGUUUCCACGGCCGAGCAGUCGCACGUACACAAGCCUAAGUUCACCGUGCGCAAUGCCAAGCGUCGGCUAGAGUGGUGUAAAGCUCGCCGCCAUUGGACUCAGGAGCAGUGGAAACGCGUUCUCUUGAGUGAUUAAUCACGCUUCACCAUCUGGCAGUCCCAACGGACGAUUCUGGGUUUGGCAGAUGCCAGGAGAACGCUACCUGCCCCAAUGCAUAGAGCCAACUGUAAAGUUUGGUGGUGGAGGAAUAAUGGUCUGGGGCUGUUUUUUCAUGGUUCAGACAAGGCCCCUUAGUUCCAGUGAAGGGAAAUCUUAACGCUACAGCAUACAAUGAAAUUCUAGAAUUCUGUGCUUCCAACUUUGAGGCAACAGUUUGGGAAAGGCCCAUUCCUGUUUCAGCAUGACAAUGCCCCCAUGCACAAACUGAGGUCCAUACAGGAAUGGUUUGUCGAUCGGUGUGGAAGAACUUGACUGGCCUGCACAGAGCCCUGACCUCAACCCCAUCAAACACCUUUUGGAUUAAUUGGAUCGCCAACUGCAAGCCAGGCCUAAUCGCCCAACAUCCGUGCCCGACCUCACUAAUGCUCUUGUGGCUGAAUGGAAGCAAGUCCCCACAGCAAUGUUCCAACAUCUAGUGGAAAGCCUUCCCAGAAGAGUGGAGGCUGUUAUAGCAGCAAAGGGGGGACCAACUCCAUAUUAAUGCCCAUGAGUUUGGAAUGAGAUGUUGGACUAGCAGGUGUCCACAUACUUUUGGUCAUGUAGUGCAUGUUCAUUCAACUAGAAAUUAUUAUUUGCUUCACCAAAAAAGGCUGUGGAACUAAUUACACACACAGUGCUUUCAACCUACAUAUUUGCCCCAUUAAAUUAACAAGCAUCCAUAUUAGCAAACCUAUUGAAUUUCAAACUUCACAUUUCUCUAGUAUAAGCUACUUAUUGUAAUGACCGAUAUCAUCAAAAUGCCUGCGAUCGGUGGCAUCGGUUCAGCUAAACAUAGGGUAUGACAAAAACAGACAAUGACCCCAGCCAUUAAUUAUCCCUCAAUAUUAGGUUUAAAGGUCUGUGGAAUGACCUAUACAAUGCCAACCACUACUCAACCUCAUCAUAAACUGACUCAUUUACUUGUGUAACGGCACAUACAGUGUAACGUGAAAUAGAUGCAUAAUACACGCUAUUAAGUCACAACAAGGCCGACUUCUAAUACCGACAUCCAUAGGUGCCGCAUGAGUUUCAAGUUCGGGGAAGCAAUUUUUUCACCAUAAAAUUUUACCUUUAUAAUAAAGGAUUGCAUGCCUAUCAUCGCAUUUGCAGACUAAUGUAAGAUAGAGAAUUAUUUAUUUCAGCUUUUAUUUCUUUCAUCACAUUCCCAGUGGGUGGGUCAAAAGUUUACAUACACUCAAUUAGUAUUUGGUAGCAUUGCCUUUUAAAUUGUUUAACUUAGGUCAAACAUUUCAGGUAGCCUUUCACAAGCUUCCCACAAUAAGUUGGGUGAAUUUUGGCCCAUUCCUCCUGACAGAGCUGGUGUAACUGAGUCAGGUUUGUAGGCCUCCUUGCUCGCACACGCCUUUUCAGUUCUGCCCACACAUAUUCUAUAGAAUUGAGGUCAGGGCUUUGUGAUGGCCACUACAAUACCUUGACUUUGUUGUCCUUAAGCCAUUUUGCCACAACUUUGGAAGUAUGCUUGGGGUCAUUGUUCAUUUGGAAGACCCAUUUGCGACCAAGCUUUAACUUCCUGACUGAUGUCUUGAGAUGUUGCUUCAAUAUAUCCACAUAAUUUUCCUUCCUCAUGAUGCCAUCUAUUUUGAGAAGUGCACCAGUCCCUCCUGCAGCAAAGCACCCCCACAGCAUGAUGCUGCCACCCCCGUGCUUCACGGUUGGGAUGGUGUUCUUCGGCUUGCAAGCCACCCCCUUUUCCCUUCGAACAUAAUGAUGGUCAUUAUGGCCAAACAGUUCUAUUUUUGUUUCGUCAGACCAGAGGACAUUUCUCCUAAAUGUACGAUCUUUGUCACCAUUUGCAGUUGCAAACGGUUUUGGAGCAGUGGCUUCUUCCUUGAUGAGCGGCCUUUCAGGUUAUGUCGUUAUAGGACUCGUUUUACUGUGGAUAUAGAUACUUUUGUACCUGUUUCCUCCAGCAUCUUCACAAGGUCCUUUGCUGUUGUUCUGGGAUUGAUUUGCAUUGUUCACACCAAAGUAUGUUAAUCUCUAGGAGAUAGAAUGCGUCUCCUUCCUGAGCAGUAUGACGGCUGCGUGGUCCCAUGGUGUUUAUACUUGCGUACUAUUGUUUGUACAGAUGAACGUGGUACCUUCAGGCGUUUGGAAAUUGCUCCCAAGGAUGAACCAGACUUGUGGAGGUCUACAAUUUUUUUUCUGAGGUCUUGGCUGAUUUCUUUUGAUUUUCCCAUGAUGUCAAGCAAAGAGGCACUGAGUUUGAAGGUAGGCCUUGAAAUGCAUCCACAGGUACACCUCCAAUUGACUCAAAUGAUGUCAAUUAUCCUAUCAGAAGCUUCUAAAGCCAUGACAUCAUUUUCUGGAAUUUUCCUAGCUGUUUAAAGGCAUAGUCAACUUAGUGUAUGUAAACUUCUGACCCACUGGAAUUGUGAUACAGUGAAUAAUAAGUGAAAUAAUCUGUCUGUAAACAAUUGUUGGAAAAAUGACUUGUGUCAUGCACAAAGUAGAUUUGCCAAAACUAUAGUUUGUUAACAAGAAAUGUGUGGAGUGGUUGAAACACGAGUUUUAAUGACUUCAACCUAAGUGUAUGUGAACUUCCGACUUCAACUGUAUCUCAAUCACUGUUAGCAAAACACAGUUUUGAACACAUAGUGACAUAUAGUAGGCCUAAUCAGAGACAUUUCUUCUCUUUUCUUUGCACAGGAAAAAUGUGGUCUUUUAUAAACACAUUCCAUGCAAUUCUACUACACUUUAUAUGACUGGAGACAUAAGCAACAUCUUUUUUUUUUUAUACAGCAAAAAUGUGGAGCCUACUCUGCUGACACUGACAAACAGAUCAGUAAAAACGACCUUGUCUUGAAUGCAACCAUCUAAUCUAGGCUUAUGAAAAUGGAAGACAGACAUUGUACAAUAUGACGUCCAUCUAGCCUGGAGGAGGAAGUUAUUGAUCCCCCCCCAAAAAAUCCAGUGGUACUGAUCCAAUGAUAAAGGCGGUGAAUAUGUGCACUCACCGGUCCUCUGGUGCCAAUAAGAUAGGCUAAGGUUCACUCAAUUGGGAGUUGAACAUUUUGAUAAAUAUAGACAGAUUAGUAUUUUCUUUGUCUUCUCUAUUCAGCAAAAGCCAUUUGCUUUCUAAACUAUGUUUUUCCUACGAUUUAUAUUCAGAAAUAUUGCGACAGGCCUAGGCCUAUUUAACUGCUUUUCACGAACUGCUGCAACUCAACAAUCAGCUAUUUGGUAGGCUAUUUGCCAUGCGCGCUGACCAAAUUGCACUCUUAUAACAAUCCACAGCAAAAUAAAUCUGUAUAGGCACGAGUAAUUAUAUAGCUAAUUUUGCCAAAUUCAAUUUACUUUAGGGGAAGCUUAUCUUCUCCUAGCCUAUUGGUGCAUAAAACAGUUGGCCACGAGGCUUACAAGGCUGAGUUCAAAUGCCGACAUCAAAUUCAAAGCAAUCGGUGCACUGCCUAAACGUCUGACCAGCAAAGCAAACUGUCUGGCUCCUCAUGGUCCUAAAGCCAGCCACCCAAUACGUUAACAGCCGUUGAAUUUGAAUCGGGAUUAGAAUGAUGUUAGUCGACUUUUUUGUAGCCUACUUUUACAUUUUUGGUAUUGUGCUAGGGUAUGGUGACUGCAACUCUAUCAUACCCAUCUGAUGCCCCUGCCUAGUAUGGUCGGUGUCGAUCAUUUUUGGUUUAUCGUCCCAGCUCUAUUUCUUCUCUCCUCUACUUCCCCUCUUUCUGUUCUCAUCUUUCUCCUCCUCUCCCUGUGUUUGCAGUAAAGGCUGUACUGUUUGCAGUAAAGGCUGUACUCCGCAGUCUUGCAGGAGUGUCUUGUUCCCUUGUGUUUCUCUCACUUCAUUAUGUUAGAAAACCAAAUCUAUCCGCUCUACGCUGUCAACCCUGCUUUCAAAAACAAACCCGCUCCACCUCUAGAGAAAAACACCCAAACAUCCUCAAACUCACAGCGAACAAACAUUGUCUACACAGCACCGGGGAGGUGGCAGAAUGUCCUUGUCAGUUCUCGACAGAAGUGACAGGGUUCGAUAAUGGAACAGACCUCCACUCAACACUCACCCUGCACCCUGUCAUCCCACACAGUACACAGUACCGCCACACACACACACGCAUACACACUGCUGUAAUUAGGCCUGUCUUCUAAUUUGUGGUUAGAAGCUGUCAGAUGGUGACCUCUGGCCCUCUGUCUGUACCUGUUGGCUGGGUGGCGUAAUGAGAGCAGGACAUCUGUUUACACACACACACACACACACACACACGGAAAUACACGCGCACAAACACGAGCGCAGACACUCUACUUAUCAUCUUCUUUGCUGCUCACAUUGUUAUUUUCCCUCGGACAGCCGGCUUUUAGGAUAAAAAGAUUUGCUGAUGUUGUUAGAGUGAAGAAGUGUCUGUGUGUGUGUGUUAGAUAUUCAAUAUGUGUGUCUUUGUGAGAAGGGAGGAUGAGAUUGACUGUAUUCCUGAGGCUUGUCUCCUAACAGUCACCACCAAAGGCAGCUCUUUUGUCUUCAUCCAAACAGUGAGAGAACAGUAUAAUCCCUUGCUCCCAGUGUUGGGGACCAGACGGCAACACAGCCAGCAGUUUGUGUUGUGUCCUGCAGAGGGUGUGCUGUGAGAGACGAGGCUAGUGAGGGGCAGAGGCAGGGAGACGACGGAGACCUUGUAGGCCCAAAUUAAUUAUAUGACUUCAGGGCGAAGUCAUUGAAACUGUUGGUAUAAUGUUUCUACAAUGCCAAUACAGAAUUGUGUGUGUGUGUGUGUGUGUGUUCAUGUCAGUCUGUGUUCUCUCCCUCCAGAUAAGAUCAUCCGCCACAGAGCAUGUAGUCUAAAAGACACGGCCCACGCCAUGAUGACCUCGGAGCUCGACCCCGAGUUCCACCGCAUUUGUGAGGACAUCAAGGAGUCACGCAGGAAGAGGGGUGAGGAACACAUAAACACACACAGACAGAGGGAGUGGUGUUAUAGUCGAAGGCUCUGUACAAUGUAG